CUACUAUCAGUCUUCUACCACAAAACUUGCUCUUUCAUCAUGCCUAGCAUCAGCGAUUGUAAGUGCGUCCUCGUCAUUGGAUCCACUUCGGGGAUAGGUCGUGCCCUUGCCCUUGCAAUCUUGGAUCUUCCUUCUAAGCCAACUGUCGUUGUCUGCGGGCGCCGCAAGGAAAGGCUUGACGAACUGGUUGCUACUCAUCAUGCUACAGGACGACUCAAGAGUGUUACUCUUGACGUUCUUUCAGAGCGCAACGCUCUCAAAUCUUCUAUCGAGGAGAUUGUCAAUACUUACCCAGACCUUGACGCUGUCUUGUUCUCGAGUGGCAUUCAACGUGGCUUCGACUUCACGAGGCCAGAAACCAUUGAUCUCGACUCUCUCGAGUCUGAACUCACCACCAAUUACACGUCAAUUGUCAGGAUGAUCACCUUCUUCCUCCCUCAUCUUAUCAAGCUUGGGGAGCAAGGCCGUCCGACAUUCUUAUACCCAGUUUCAUCAGGACUGUCCAUCUUUCCUGCCGCUGGAGUCCCUGACUACUGCGCAACGAAAGCUGCCCUUCACAGCUUGAGUAUCUCGCUUGCCGUUCAGCUCAAGAGGAAGAAUGUUCAUGUGGUCGAGAUUAUUCCUCCACGAGUCGAGUCGGAGUUGCACGGCUUCCAAGGCACAACGCAAGGACUAACUCGUUUCUGGCUUACGCUUGAAGAAUACACGAAAGAGACCAUGGAGGGCCUUGUUCGAGGCGACCCGUACGUUCCGGCGGGGACUGCUGUCGAACGGUACAAAAAAUUCGAGGAAGGGAAGCUCGAGGCUGCAGCGAGGUUAUAUGGGCAAUCCUGAUUCAGACAGAGCGAACACAUUAAUAUCACAACGGGGUCUCUGGAAAUUCUGAAUGCUUCUGCUGCUGGGAGGGAGUAAGUUCAAAUAUUUUAAUCCCAGUGUCUUGGGAAAAUACAUUGCGUCGUGGACGGUCUAUAUUUCAGUAGCAGAUGAAGUUAAGCUUUGCCAAUAUACUUAAUACAUAUCGCUGAAUUGGCAGGUACUGGGGCGCGCCGUACUCAUUGCCAUUCUCCGUUCUAAAA